AAACAACGCGCACGGUACUGUACAACUGGAGACAACACAAAACACAACAUCCGAAAGAGAGUGCUGGUUUGCAGCUAAAAUAAAAUUUAUUCACAUAUUAUCAUUGUUGACCAAUAUUAACAUUUACCAUGUUUAAAACUACGUUCCAAUCAGGUUUUUUAUCAGUCUUAUAUAGCAUAGGAAGUAAGCCACUUCAAAUAUGGGAUCAGAAGGUAAUGAAUGGCCACAUUAAAAGAAUUACAGAUAAUGAUAUCCAAUCACUUGUUUUAGAAAUAGUUGGCACUAAUGUUAGUACUACGUUCAUCACGUGUCCGCCGGUGGAAACAAGAAAGACCCUUGGCAUAAAACUACAUUUCUUGGUCAUGAUUAUAAAGAAUUUGAAAAAAUAUUUCUCAUUUGAAGUUACAGUACUUGAUGAUAAAAACGUGAAGCGUCGAUUUCGAGCAUCAAACUACCAAUCAAGAACGAGGGUGAAACCAUUCAUCUGUACCAUGCCUAUGAAACUGGACGAUGGAUGGAAUCAAAUCCAGUUCAACUUACUCGACUUCACGAAAAGGGCGUAUGGAACUAAUUAUAUCGAAACGUUGAGAGUUGAGAUUCACGCCAACUGCAGAAUACGUCGCGUUUACUUCUGCGACAGGUUAUACACCGAAGACGAAUUACCAGCAGAAUUCAAAUUAUACCUACCGGUGCAAAAUAAAGCAGGAAAGAAUUGAUGUCAGUCUAACCACAUUGUAAAUUAUUUUUUGUUAUUUAAAAUUUCAUUUCUUUUUAAAAAGCUUUGAGUAUUUCGCCUUCCCUAAAAUGUCAACGCGUAUAUUUGACUUCUUUUCAUUUUUUAACAGUAUAUUUGGGGUUUUUUAUAUUAGAUUUUUUUUAAGUGAGCAAUCGUUGAAAGGCAGGUUAAACGUAAAACUUUUCUCAUUUCUAAGUGCCAACUGUAGUUAUACGACUACAAACUGUUUUAAGGUAGUUGAUAUCAGAGCUACUUCAGUAGGCGCGCUGAUUAUUUGAAUAAGAAAGUGUAAAUAUUUUAUGACGAUACAUUUCUUUCUAUUAUAUUAUGUCACACUA